AUGAGCACCGACAUCAAGGUCGCCAUCACCGGUGUUCCCACCACUCCUUCCAGCAAUGGAGCCGUCCCCCUCCGCCACGAACUCCGCGACCUCCAGGCCAAUCACCCAGAUCAAUUCAACCUCUACCUCCUCGGCCUCUCCCACUUCCAGGGUCUAGACGAGUCCCAGCUGGCCUCCUACUACCAAGUAGCCGGCAUCCACGGCAUGCCCUUCAAGCCGUGGGGCGGCGUCCCUUCCGACACCGACUGGUCCAAGCCCGGCAGUUCCGGGUUCGGGGGGUACUGCACGCACUCCUCCAUUUUGUUCAUCACCUGGCACCGGCCCUACCUGGCUUUGUACGAGCAAGCCCUAUAUGCAUCCGUCCAGGCCGUGGCCCAAAAGUUCCCUGUUGAGGGCGGGUUGAGAACCAGAUAUGUUGCUGCCGCCAAGGAGUUCAGAGCGCCGUAUUUCGACUGGGCUAGUCAACCCCCGCGCGGCACGGCUGCGUUCCCGGAGGCGCUUUCAGCAAAGACGAUUCGGGUUGUUGAUGUCGACGGGAAGACCAAGAGCAUCAAUAACCCGCUGAACCGGUUCAACUUCCAUCCUGUCAACCCGAGUCCCGGUGACUUCAGCGCCGCCUGGAGCCGGUACCAGACCACGGUGCGGUAUCCGAAUCGGGUGACGGGGGAGUCAAGGGAUGAGCGGAUCGCGCCUAUCCUGCAAAACGAGCUGGCGAGUUUGCGGAGCAAUGUUUCUCUGUUGCUGUUGAGCUACAAGGACUUUGAUGCUUUCAGUUACAAUAGGUGGGAUCCGAACAUGAGCCCGGGCGAUUUCGGGAGCUUGGAGGAUGUGCAUAACGAGAUUCAUGAUCGAACGGGGGGCAAUGGACACAUGUCCAGUUUGGAAGUGUCGUCUUUUGAUCCGUUGUUCUGGUUGCAUCAUAUCAACGUCGACCGCCUCUGGUCCAUCUGGCAAGACCUCAACCCAACCAGCUUCAUGACCCCACGUCCUGCCCCUUACUCGACCUUCGUCGCUCAAGAGGGUGAAAGCCAGAGCAAGAAUACGCCUCUGGAGCCGUUCUGGGACAGGUCUACUGCCAACUUCUGGACCUCGGAGCAGGUCAAGGACAGCACCACAUUUGGCUAUGCCUACCCUGAGACGCAGAAGUGGAAGUACUCUUCUGUUGCAGAGUACCAGGCCGCCAUCAGGACAUCUGUCACGGCGCUGUACGGUAGCAACGUAUUUGCUAACUUUGUUGAUAAUGUCGCUGAUCGGACGCCUGCGUUAAAGAAGUCGCUAGCAGCCGGUGAGGAGAGCAAGAGCAAGAGCAAGAACGCUGUUUCGGAGGCUGCUGCUCAUGCUGUUGAGGCUUCUGGUGUCAAGAAGAUCGCUGCCAAGGUUCAUGGUGUGGUCCAUCAGGCCGAGGAAAAGGUGCAGAAGCCGGUGGUCAAUGUUGAAGAGACCAAGGCCGAGCCAAUCACUCCCAAAGGCCCAAUCCCGGAGAACCUCAAGUACCUCGCCCCUGAUGGCAAGUACACCGAUUGGAUCGUCAACGUCCGCGCCCAGAAGCACGCUCUCGGCCAAUCCUUCCGUAUCAUCGUCUUCCUCGGCGAGUUCAAUCCCGACCCGGAGACUUGGGACCAAGAGUUUAACUGCGUCGGUCGUGUGUCUGUGUUGGGGCGAAGCGCCGAAACGCAGUGUGGCAAGUGCCGCAAGGAUAACACCAACGGUCUGGUCGUCUCAGGCACAGUCCCCUUGACGUCCGCCUUGUUGCAGGAUAUCGUUGGUGGCGAGCUCCAGAGCCUCAAGUCCGAGGAUGUCAUCCCGCAUCUGCGCGCCAACUUGAAGUGGAAGGUGGCCCUCUUCAAUGGCGAUGAGUACAAUAUGGAGGAGGUUCCGGACCUCAAGGUUAGUGUCGCUUCGACGGAGGUGACUAUCGAUGAGGAAGGGUUGCCGCACUACUCUCGUCAGUAUACGGUCUAUCCUGAGAUCACCGAGGGGAAGCCUUGCGGACAUGGCCCGGAGGAUCACAUCUAA